AUGGCACGCCUUCUCAAAGCCGCUCUUCUCGCCCUCGCCCUGACGCCCUCGGUCCUGGGCAAACCUCUCGUCGACUUCUCCGCCGCGCGCAAGGACAACCCCUCCCUCAUCGGCAAAGAGGACCUCGAAGCAGCGCGGGGCGUCGCGGUGAAGUCCAACACGCCGGACCUGUACAUCAAGCUGGACACGGACCCCAAGGGCACCCCGGCGCUGCACUACCACCGCAAGAAGGGCGACAUCCGCGCCGAAUACCACGCCCUGGCCGGCAAAACGCAGAAGGACUCGACCUACUACAUCGGGUACAAGUUCUCGCUGGCUGAGAUCCAGCAGAGCUUGAUGAUCUGGCAGUUCAAAGAAUAUGAAGCCAACCACGACGGAGGCGCCAACAUCCCGCUCGCCCUGGAGAUCGUCGACGGCAAGCUGCAGUUCCAGUACCAGGCGUCAGGCAAGACGGGGCGCGAGCAGCAGUGGGAGACAUCCGUGUCGCCCAACACCGAGUACCAGGUCGGCAUCGUGAUCAACACGGCGCAGCCGCAGGGCUGGGUGCAGCUGUACUGGAACGGCGAGUUGCAGACAUUCUCCAGCACCGGCCACACAAACCUCACGGCGACGACGUUCCCGGGCCGCGCGGAGCCCAAGUUCGGCGCCUACCGCGGUGAGGCCGUCGCCAUCGACACGUAUGUGUAUGACAUACAGAUCGGCACGACGUUGGAUGACAUCCAGCGCGCGGCGGGGAUCCGUAGCUGA